AUGACAGAAUACGUAUGUUCCAGUAUCUGGCAUCAGGUUCACUUGCUACCACUUCAACCUAGGAAAAUACUCCAAUAACCGGAAUAAGCGUCCCAGUUCGAAAUAAGCAUUGCGGUUAUGCUAUGAAACAGGUUAGGGGGUGGCAAAGCAGGCGAGUCUGGCAGGCUUUUUUUUUGUUUUCAGUGUGUGUCUUUUGCUGCUCUAAGUAGGAAUGCGAAUGAGGAAUGCGGGUGAUGAACUCAAAUGAUGAAUGCGAAUGAUGAAUGAGAAUAACAAGCCAACUGGUUUCGGCUUUCAAGAAGGGGGCGGGGCGCGACUACUCCUCACCCGAUGCAAAAACAUGCUUUAUGUUUAUCGUUUUGUAUUUGUAUGGAUGCAGCUGCAGUAAGUGUAUAAAGAUAAAGAGGCGUUUAGUUUUUUCGUCGCAUAGGAAAACUCGCACUCUACAAGGGCGUAUGGGUGGGCCCUCGUAGUGUUCGGCAAAGACUACGUGGGACCCCCGGGGUUUUUGGGAGCAAGUGAACCGCGGGAUGGGGCCGCGGUCGCGGCGCGGGGCCCUUGGCGGGGUUUUUUUUUGUUGAGGGCGUAGGAUUUGGGGAUUCGGGUUUUGGGUUUGGACUGAGGGAGGGGAGGUUUUUUCCGCCACCCCCCGGCAGCUCUGCAGGGUUUGGGGAUUUGGGGCGGCCUGUUGCCAAAUCUUGCAUGCCCGCCCCCCGACCGUGUUUGAAAAAAUAAAACGGCCGGAGCGCGCGGGGCGCGGAUCUUCGCCCCGCGAGAUCCCGCCCCCGCGCCUUGCGCCCCGCGGCGGGCCCCUGCUCGCCCGGCCGAUGCAUCCUGGCCGGGCGGUGGUGGCCCCCCUUCGUUUUUUCGUUUUCAGGGGAAGUGGCGUUUUUUCUGUUCUCGAAAGGACCGACGUUGCGGGCACCCUUCGGGCGCGAUUGCGGUAUACGGCAGCACACGGCGCGGGAAGGGUGCCAAGAUAGAGCUUCCCCGGUCGCGUCGCCUUUUCACCGCGUAAAUUAAUGCGUAGGCCCCGUUUCCCCACUGGCCUGCGUUAAUAUAUAAAACCAACAAGGCUCCCGCUGCCUAUCCUGUUGCCUGAACGAAAAGAAAAAAGUUCAAAAAUUCGUCGAGUUUUUAGAACGCAUGGGCAUAACCUUGGCCGCUUAAAUCUGUUAUUUCGAACUGGGACGCUUAAUCCGGUAUAUCGAGUACAAUACGCAAUCCUUUCCCAUGACAGAAUACGUAUGUUCCAGUAUCUGGCCCGGUGUUUUUUGUUACCGUAGCAGCACAGAAGGGACAGAACACAGUUCGGAAAAAUCAAAAAAAGCAGCAGCAGCCGCAGUUGCACUCUCGUCGUCGACAAGGAAUAACAAGCUGGUUGUAACCUCUUCUGCACGACAACAUCCUGAAGGCACUAGUCCUGCUUGUCCCUCAUCCCACCAAGCGAAGCUUGUCGGGACGAAGGACAAAGGAAAGCAAGGAAGUGAUAAAAUCAACAGGAUACAAAGCAAUAAAGACGUUUUUGAGGUACGAAGAGUCGAACUGCCUCGCCAAGAAAAUUACAUUAGCGAAGACGAGAUGCAAUACACGACUUCGUACACGGCCAGCACGAGGAGCUCCCGCUUGCAGGCGGAUGCCGUUGCGGCCGGGGGCGCGUGCUCGCGUGCCGGCGCAGCAGCGACUGGCGCUAGUUUUUCUCAGCUUCAUCAGGGGAAGAAGUUGAAUGACAAAGAGCUUGCUGCCAACAAAAUUCUGAAGCAGGAGAAAAUAUUAAAUGGCGCUAGUGGAGGUCCACUUCAAAAUGGUCAGCAACAGAGGGAAGUUGUAGCACAGUCAAAUCUCAUUUAUUCCACGACCACCACGAGAAGCCGAGGGAAAACGGAUCCUGCAAUAAGUUGUCUUACGACAACAAAUAAGGCCACUUCAUCGUCCACUGUGAAAGUAAGAGAGAGAAUAUCCAGCACGACUACAGCACCUACGCACACGACCUCCUGCUCCCAAGGAACAUCAACUACGAGCGUGGCAGCAGCCGGAUCAGCAGCAGCCUCCUCGAAGCACAAAAGCUUGACCUCUAGUCCUUGCCCCAGUCGGAGAAGUAGAGCUGGGACUACAGGUGAAACUGGCUCUGUAAGUGCGAAGAAGGGCGUGGCCGCAGGUGGAUCGUCGGGCGGAGAAGUAGCGAAUGGUGUGAACGACCCCGUUCCUGUAGUGACAGCGAUCGCUUCGAAUAGAAGUACUACGACGAGCAGAGGAGCUCGGACCAAGUCCGCAUCUGGUGCUGUCGGAGUCGUAGGAUCUUCCGACGUCGUGCCUGCUCCUGGAGAACGGAAGGAAGAAGCCGCAGCGUGUAGUCCUUCUCAAGGAGAGGAAGUCUUCGACGUGAAGCGGGGCCCUACAGCUUCUACUUCAGCCGAUACGAAAGUCCCAGGCGAAGCAGGAGCAGGAGUAGCUCCUCAACAGCAUCCGUCCACAUCAUUCGCUUCCGGAGCUGCAGAUAAAAAUGCUACAGCUAUUCUGGCCACGACAGUUCAGGAGUUAGACGACCAACUGGCGCGACUGAAAAAGGAAGAAGCUUUGCUGCUUCGUUCUUGCCUCUCCCGCGGUCUCCCGAAGUUGCAGGAAGUAUCCGCGACCCGACUCGAGCAAAGCAGACACGAACGCGAGAGGCUGAAGCAGCGGCGGGAGACAUUAACCGGCGAGCCCGCGAGUCCCGGCGGGGGGUAUAAUUACAACAGUAAAAAGAACCACGAUCAUCCGAGUACGCCGGUAAAAAAUACCACGAAAACAUCAAGUAAGGAUUCACAAGAACAAGUACUACACCUCAACGGAGGGCAGUCCGGUCAGUAUCCACAGCCAAAAUCUCCGCAGACUGUCGUGCACAGUAGGACCAAACGGGCGGAACAAAACUUCGAGUCGUGUUCUGUUUCAUCAUCUUCCCAACCUACUGCUCAGAAGUACAACAACCACCCCUACCAGACAAACCAGGAGCGGCUGGUGGCGCGGCACCACGCGAAUGUAGCGCAGCAGAGUCAACGUAGCACAGGAACAACUUCAGAGCACAACACAGCACGAAAACUCCUCCCGUUCGGGCACGAGCCGGUCGCAGUGACCCCAACAUCCAAUCGGGGCGGCGCGAAUAAACAAGCGAAUUACAUCAACAAUCGGGCAGCUGGUACAACAGCUGCACACGAGAGUUCUAGCGCUACUUUCGCGAACCAGGCACAGCAGCUACUCAGCGGCGCUUGCUUAGAACUGCAGUCCGCGGCGCGAGCGGUCGCGGGUACGAGUCAUUCUCAACAUUCGCCUAGUGCAACAACUUCUAGCCGCAACGGGGUUAAUAAAACGCCGACAAAUAAUAGUAGUAAUUGUGCUACUACACCACCGGGUCAUCAUCUUUCGACGUCUACCCGAACGCCAACGAACGGCAGUAGGAAUUAUUUUCCAUCCUCUUCGCUCGCUCAAUAUCAACUGUAAAAAUGUCUGGGUCUGGAAGAUUCUAACACUUGUCAUGCACGUUUUGCAUGAGCCAUGAUGUCUGUGAUGCAUACCCUAGCAAUACAGAUUUUUUGAGGGCUUCUUGAUGCGCAUUCCGCAUGACAAAUGCCUUCUCAGCGUAGCAAAAAUUGCAUCCCCUUUGGUACUCAUGCAAUACAGAUUUUUUUGGAAUCCAAACGCAGCAUCACAGGUUGCAUUCUUCCAGACCCAGACACUUUUCCAUUUGAUACUCAACAAGCUCACCCAAAAACUACCCCAAGCACGACUUCUAAAUCUCUCCGGACCAACCGCCUGAUGUUUCCGCCGAUCAACCCGCAGAGCGACAAGAAUGUCGCGAAACCGCCGCUGUUUCCGGUUUUGAACGCGGAAACCCUGGGGAAGCGGAAAGUGACGGACCUGAAACCCGGGACCAAGAACGACUACUGCCUGAAAUGCACCUCCGGCGCGUUCCGGGGCCGGUAUCUCUACCCGUCGCCCGAGGGGGAACUGUUUGGGGGCGACGCGGAGAACCCGCACCUGACCAUGCUUAUCAAAUGUAAAAAUGUCUGGGUCUGGAAGAUUCUGACACUUGUCAUGCACGUUUUGCAUGAGCCCUGAUGUCUGUGAUGCAUGCCCUAGCAUCACAGAUUUUUUGAGAGCUUCUUGAUGCCUAUUCCGCAUGACAAAUGUCCUCGCCGCGUAGCAAGAAUGACACUCCCUGUGGUACUCAUGCAAUACAUUUUUUUUUGGAAUCCAAAUGCAGCAUCACAAGUUGCAUUCUUCCAGACCCAGACAUUUUUACAUUUGAUAAUGCUGAUCGAGAACGCGGGUUUGGCAAACGUGCACGCCCGGAUCGAAACCGGUUCGGCGGGAGGAGCGGGUUCAAGUGCUGGCGUCGUCGGGGGAGCAGUGGUUUCCGGAUCGGAACAGGAAGGUGGGUCGAGCUCGAGUACUUCAGGAAGACCGCAGCUGUUCUUGGAGGCCGAACAGGGCGAUACCUGGACGGCGGUGCGGUGGAACAGAAGUUUGCCGGUAUGAUUGUUUGGAAUGCUAUAUUUGUCAUGUCAGAUCGCCUGCUUUAUUCCAAAAGUGUGCCGGUCUGUGGGCGGUAAGGACAGCGAACAUGACUUCUUUGCAGCAUUCUAAAUGAAUGUUGCGCAUAAUCGAUCCUGUUCUUGAUAUUGUAUGUGACAACUACAACUACUCGAAAAACCGUAAUUAGCGGCUAAGUUGGUACGGCCCACAGAACAAGAGCAAGCGAAUGAAACUUUUUCCGCACGACUGCUAGCUCCUGCAUUCUCCGACUUCCCGAGCUAAGUGCUGCAGGAUUUCUCUCCUUCUGCUUUUUCCCUGGGGAAAAAACCGCGCGCGUCCGUACUUGAGAUUUUGCGUUUUAUUCACUCGAUGACGAUGAUGCGCAAAUGCAAAAACUGUGAGGCAUAAGUUCCCUAAUGGCGCGUGCCAUUAGGGAACUUAUGUUUUUGCAUUUUCGAAAAACAUAAGUUCCCUAUUGGCACGUGCAACUAGGGAACUUAUGGCUCGAGAUUUUGGGUUUUUCUUUUUUUUCACUCCAUCCUGCGAAAAGAAAACGCAAAAACUCUGAGGCAUAAGUUCCCCAAUGGCACGUGCCAUUAGGGAACUUAUGUUUUUGCAUUUUCGAAAAACAUAAGUUCCCUAUUGGCACGUGCAACUAGGGAACUUAUGGCUCGAGAUUUUGGGUUUUUUUCACUCGAUGAUGCGCAAGUGGAAAUGCAAAAACUCUGAAGCAUAAGUUCCCUAAUGGCGCGGGCCUUUAGGGAGCUUAUGUUUUUGCAUUUUCGAAAAGCAUAGAAAUAGAUAUCCUAUUUGAGUGCGUAAAUAGGAAGCUAGUCCUUUGAUGAAGCUUUGGUUUUUUUCCGCAAAGGGAGCGCUUUGAAGCUUUGGCUUUUUUCCGCAAGAAUAGAAAGGGAGCGCCUCGCCCUGGUGCAAGGGUUUUCAUUUCUGCUCGUGUCAUGGGGACCACGCACGGCGCGACGCAAUAGCUUUCUUGUUUUGUGGCUCGGAAAGAGUUACCACUUUAGCCGCUUAUUACGGUAUGCCGAGUACUACAAACUGCUCCAAGAAAAUAAAUCGCGCAGUUUUUGUAAGUAGACAAAGCAUCUUCAAAAUAAACAGCUCCAGCCCGGGCAGGACGUGGAGUUCACCUCUCCGAACCUGACCCUCCGGCUGAAAGUCCAGGAAGGCGAGGUGGUGGACGACGAGAUUUUGGAGUGGUUGCGGCUGUACAGCAGCGAGGCAAGUCGCGAAGCGGUGAACCCGUCCUGCAAAUCGCUGGAGGAUCUCCGGGACAAAACGCCCGAGCAGGUGAUCACGGGAGAUCCGGAGAAGAUCACCGCCGGAAUCCGGACCGGCUUGGAGGAACUGGGGAGACAGUAAGACUGGCUAUAGUUUUGCGAUGAAUUCAUAGUUGUGACGAGGAGUAUAACCAUCUAGAAGCAAGCUCCUCGGUUGAUGGAUCUUUCGCUUUUUGGAAAGCAGGAGCAGAACUUCAGCAAAUAGUAAAGCUUUUUUCGUAUAGAUGAAAAUCACGCAUCAAUUUUGCUUUUUCCCCCCAUCUGCUACUGCGGCCAUCAACCAGGUUUCCGCCCAACGUGCCGUACCCAAAGACGCGGUUGAAAAUCGUCGACGAAGCUAGCGGCAAGGAGUACGCGAACGUCGGCUGGAGCGGUGGGCACGUGCUGUUGGAAAACCCCAAUUCUCCCGCGAAGAGCCUGGACACGUCGCAGUUGGACUUGUCUUCGGGCCGGGGCAGUUUGUCGCCGAGUCAGCGACGCAUCGGCUCAAAAAGCUUGAUGGGUAUAAAGAUACAAUUGAUUCAAGAAGGCUUGUUUUUCGGUUUUUGAUUUUGAAGGGUUGUUUACAGUGACCUUGUGUCAUCAAAUCUAUUCAUGUAGUUGAGAAAAAUCUAGACUUGUGAUCGUUCACCUAUAAAAACGACAAAUAACUGCCAACAGCCGCUGCCAUCGAGCAGAUGAACGGCAUACGUGUCGCUUCCUCCGAACUCGAGCGCUCCGAGGCCUUCAGGAUAUGUUACUGCAGCAAUGGAAAGUGGUACUGCCACUUCGAGCAGGAGUGCAACACGGGCAGCAAGCACUGGCUGCGGCUUUUGCCGGGGCAGAAGCACAAUCUGCAGCCGGGGGAUGUCUUCAGGAUAGGAGAGCUGGAGUUCGCAGUGUUGAGGUAUACAAACUGAUCAUUUUGGGUUUCUGUGAUUGAAUACAAUACAACUACACGGUCAAAUGUUGUGGAAAAAGGCAGAAAGUGCUAAGAAUUUUCGCAGGAACUACAACCAUUUUUCGCCGCGCAACAAUUCUCCAGGUACAAUUACGGCACGGCCUGCGACAAGGGGUUUCGAGCCAGCAUGGAAGACGCCGAGCUGGUCGAGCAGGACCUGUGCGUGUCCUCGCACCGGCUCUGUUCCAUGUUCAGCAUCUACGACGGACACUGCAAGCGCGACUGCGUCGAUUUCAUCCGCGCGCGCCUGCAUCUGGAUUUGGCCUACAACCUGCAGCAGAACAUCGACGAGACAGAAGACGUAUAUAGUGUUUUAGGAUUUUGCAUCAGAAGUAGAUGGGUCAUCUUGAUGUUCACCAGAGUCGAUAGAGCAUAAAACAAAAUGCAUGUCACACAACUUUUUUGUAGCAAGACAAAGCCAACAUUUUUUCACUGCAUGUAAAUCUAAAUACAGGUCCAUUCCCUGGUCGGUCGCGCCAUUUGGGAUUCCUGUCUCGCGGUCGACGAGGCGUUCCGGCAGGUGACGCGGCCCAACCUGGGCUACGACCUGCGCGGCCCGGACCCGGGGCCCAAGGAGGAAACCGACGCGGAACGCGAGGUCCGGGAGAUGAAUCCCGCCGGUGGGAACCAAAUGAACCAACCGGCGAGUUCCGGGUGCGCGGCGGUGUUCGCCGUACUGCUCGGCACCAGUCUGUACGUGGCCUGCAUCGGCGACAGUCGCGCGGUGCUCGCGCGGUCCGGAACGGCGUACGAGCUUUCCUGGGACCAGCGCCCCGAGCGCGACGACGAGCGCGAGCGGAUUCUCGCCCGCGGCGGCUUUGUCUCCUUCAACCGCGUUUUGGGGCGCCUCGCGGUCUCCCGCGCGUUUGGCGACUACGAAUACAAGUUUUUGAACCUGAAAGAGGUCUCCGGACCGCUAGUCAUCGCGGAGCCGGAAGUCCGGUACUGCGAACUCGAGGUAUCAAGAGUAAAAAUGUCUGGGUCUGGAAGAAUGCAACUUCUGAUGCUGAAUUUGGAUUCCAAAAAAAUCUGUAUUGCAUGAGCAGCAAAGGGAGUGUAAUUUUUGCUACGCGGAGAGGGCAUUUGUCAUGCGGAAUAGGCAUCGCGAAGCCAAAUCUGUAUUGCUAGGGCAUGCAUCACAGACAUCAUGGCGCAGGCAAAACGUGCAUGACAAGUGUCAGAAUCUUCCAGACCCAGACAUUUUUACAUUUGAUACGAGGAAGAGAAGGACGAAUUUCUGGUGCUCGCCUGCGACGGCCUGUGGGACGUGAUUCGCUCGCAGGAGGCGGUUAUCAAACGCAAAAAUGUCUGAGCCUGGAAGAUUGCAACUUGUGAUGCUGCAUUUGGAUUCCAAAAAAAUCUGUAUUGCAUGAGUACCGAAGGGAAUGCAAUUUUUGCUACGCUGAGAAGGCAUUCGUCAUGCGGAAUAGGCAUCAAGAAGCCCUCAAAAAAAUUGUAUUGCUAGGGUAUGCAUCACAGACAUCAUGGCUCAUGCAAAACGUGCCUGACAAGUGUCAGAAUCUUCCAGACACUUUUACAGUUGAUAGCGGUGGACUUCGUGCACGAAAAAUUGGCGGAGCAGCGGGCGGCGGCGAGUGGGUCUUCUAUGAAGGAAACCAGCCCGACCCAAGAACAUCAAGUAUCCGCAAACAACGCGGACGCAACAACCUCGCCGAUGUCGGCAAUCGGCACCGCAGAGCCGGUGAUGAUUGACCCGGACGCGAUUGCCAAGGCACUAGUGUACGAGGCGAUUCACGUGCGCAAAUCCCGGGACAACGUCUCUUGCGUCGUCGUGUUGUUACAGAAGGAGUACAAGCCAAAACCCGCCACGAGCCCGGCGUCGAGUGAGGGAAUGGUGCCAGCGGCCGGAGGAGCAGCGGAGGAUACCAGUGGCUUGCCGGAAGGCGUGGAGGCCGUCGACUGAGCUUUUGCAGCGACUAAGCCAACAUGAUACGCAUCGGUUUGUUGCGCUUGGAAAAGAAGAUUUUUUUGCGACCACCCGAACAAGAGAAAGUCAGAGUAGCCUUAUGAGAAGAUAGGAGUAGGAUCCCUUCGCCUUCUGAGCAGCUUAUAUACAAUCUGUUAAAGUUUAUGAUUUUUACAACGACCCCUGUUGUUCCAUCACGUCGACGCGACGCGAUGGAGAAUGUUUUAAGAUGGUAGAUUGUUGUUCAGAGACUAAAAGUAAAUGAUGGACUAUCUUCACGAGCGAUUCGGGCUAAUGCUCUGAUGCGCGAGUUAUUUUUCGGGAUGAGACAAACACAUAUAGUGAUGCAGUUUUGCUUUUGGCAGAAUCGAUGCGAGUUGCGUCAGGUUCUGUUCAUGACAAAACCGCAGGAGAAAAGAUGAAUGGGGUGGAGGGACGUACAACUUAUACAAUUUACUACCCCGAAGACCAGCCUUACGGCGAGG